ACAUAUACAAACUAGACUCCAUAAAAAAAAAACCAACAACUUGGUGUUCUUCAUUUGCUAAAAUGGUAGAUGCAAACCAAGAAACAGAAUGGAAUUUUAUAAAAUGUACCACAGAACUUAGAGAAGUUGGAAUUAAAUUCGAGAAGGCUACAGAAAGUUUCUCAUUGUUGGAUGUAAACUUCGAACAUGGAAAAAUGAAAAUCCCUCCUCUAAAUAUUGAAGAUGAUACAGAGGUCUUCUUCAGAAACCUGAUGGCAUUCGAGGAAUAUAAUGGGAGAACUGAACCAAAUUAUGUGAUUGAUUAUGCCAAGGUCAUCGAUUGCCUCAUCAAUUUCCCGAAGGAUGCUGAAAAACUUCACCAUUAUGGAAUUAUUGAUAACUGGUUAGGUGAUGAUAAAGUGGUUUCUACAUUGUUUAACAAAUUGGGCAAUCAAAUCAGCAUAAAUUCUGCGACGUUUUGCUACUUGAAAGUUUUCAACAAAGUGAACAAGCACUGCGAACGUCGUCGGCAUACAUGGAUGGCCAAAGUAAAGCAUAAUUAUUUCAAUAGCCCGUGGUCUACCAUUUCAGUGGUUGGGGCUGGUGUGUUGCUAAUACUCACUGCGAUACAAACUGUUAUGAAACUUAAAAGCUCGGAACUACAGGGUGCUAAUGAUGAUGAUGUUGGGGCAGUGGAGGGUGCUAAUGAUGAUGAUGUUGGGGCAGUAGAGGUUAUGCAACUUAAAAGCUCGGAACUACAGGGUGCUAAUGAUGAUGAUGUUGGGGCAGUGGAGGUUAUGCAACUUAAAAGCUCGGAACUACAGGGUGCUAAUGAUGAUGAUGUUGGGGCAGUGGAGGGGUUUGUUGGAGAAAAAAUUACUCCAGGUCAUUGUUUGGUUCAUGAUAUCUCUCUGGGCAUCGUUAUCGAGGCCUUCACUUUCAUGAAGAAAAAUCUUGGCCAGUGGGGAAAGAAACAUCAAACAUACUUCGGUGCAUUUCAAUCUACGGCCCUUCACAAAAACCUCUACAGAUUUGUUGGUGUGAGGCCAGCUUCCAAUUAUUUCAGAAAACAAGAAGCUGCAAAUCAGUUGCUCCCAAAAUCUAAUGACACAUUGACAUUUUCUGUCGAAAACAUACUUGAUAAUGAAGGGUGCAUUGGCUACAAAGCCGGCUCAUGGUGGCCCGAAGCCCGUAGGCUACAAACGGCCCACGGGCUAGCCCUGCCAUUGAAAGCCAUGUGCAUUUGA